CGCCCAUACAUUCCGCAAAAUUGGGCGUCAUCGGUUGGCAAUGUGGCGAUUGUAACCACUCUUUUCUCUUAUGUUGUGUUCUCUUUCUUCAUCGUAAAUUCCAAAACAGAGAAUUUGACCUACAUACAUUUUUUCAUUUCAAUAUGGGUGUUCAAAAUAUAAAUCGUGGUGUCGUUCUCACGGGAAUCCUGGGAGUUCUGGUGUCGACAUAUACUCUGUACGUCGAAAUGGCUGCAGAGUCCCGGCCAGGAUAUAAAGCACUCUGCGACCUCGCUGAACACGCUAGCUGCUCCAGGGUUCUUACAUCUGAGUAUUCUAAAGCGUUUGGUUUGCUGCCGAGAAAUUCAGCUUUUGAAGUACCAAAUUGCAUUUACGGCACACUCUUCUAUUGUAUUAUGAUCUUCCUGAGCACCUAUGACAACAUAGCUGUAGUGCGACUUCAACUUCUACUGAAUACAGCAUCGCUAAUAACUUGUGUGUACUUGGCUUACCUUCUAAUAUUUGUUCUAUACGAUUUUUGCAUUGUAUGUGUAUCGACGUAUGUAAUUAAUACUUGUCUUACGUAUUUAUCGUUUAAAAAACAUUCCUUUCUAAAUAAGAAACAGAAAUAAAUAUGUACUGCCAUCUAUCGUCUACAUAGUGACAUUUUUAUUACUGUCAGUGUCAUCUUGUAUGUUGUAACUAAACUAAAACUUUGCUACUUUUCGAUAGAUGGAGCUUAUGUGUUUGUAAUAAAAAUAUUAAGGGUUUCCACAAAUUUAUAUAUAUAAAAUCGG